CAGUGCUGACGAAUCAAUUUCAGAUCUUUCUGCUUUAGUCACCUGAGGUUGAGGCGGUGAUCAUAAAAUAUAAUAUUGAGUACAUUUGAUCUAAAUCAGAUAUAAGUAUAUCAAUACAUAUCUAUCAAACAUGAGUACUAUGUUUGCUGACACGAUUUUGAUCGUGUUUAUAUCCGUUUGUACUGCUCUGUUGGCAGAAGGCAUAACAUGGGUGCUGGUCUAUAGGACGGACAAGUACAAGAGACUGAAGGCAGAAGUGGAAAAACAGAGUAAAAAGUUGGAGAAGAAGAAGGAGACUAUCACAGAGUCUGCUGGGCGACAACAGAAGAAGAAAAUAGAGAGACAAGAGGAGAAACUGAAGAACAACAAUAGGGACUUGUCCAUGGUACGAAUGAAGUCCAUGUUUGCUAUUGGCUUCUGCUUUACCGCUCUGAUGGGCAUGUUUAACUCCAUAUUUGAUGGGCGAGUAGUAGCCAAGUUGCCAUUUGUCCCCCUGUCCUACAUCCAAGGUCUCUCUCACCGCAACCUGCUGGGUGAAGACUACACUGACUGUUCCUUCAUCUUCCUGUACAUUCUGUGCACCAUGUCCAUCAGGCAGAACAUCCAGAAGAUGCUGGGUCUGGCUCCGUCAAGGGCUGCCACCAAACAGGCAGGGGGCUUCCUGGGACCCCCUCCGCAGGCGGCUAAGUUCUCUUAACCUCCCCCCUUGCUUCCAAGCCUGGCUGUGAACUGCCAGUCCAGAGAGCAGGGACUUCCGUCUGGAGUGUACAACACCACGCUCUCCGGCUGUUCACCAACCCACAAUUCAGUGUCUCCAGCUUUUAUAAGGACGAUCAGCUAUAUUUUGGAAUGACUUUUAUCACUUUGUCAAUAUUUACCUCACUGUGUUACCUGCAGAAAGUCUAAACCCUUCAGGUGUUGUUUAUAUUACAAAUAUGAAUGUUUUGUCUUUUCAAUGCUAAAUCUGGAGAGUAGUCAAAACUGCGUAGUAUAAUUCACUAACUUUUUGACAUUUCUGGAGAAAUGGUAGUUUUUCAGAAAGCUGAAUUACUUUGACUUACACCAUAGAGAAACCUACUCCAGGGUCUGUGUGACAGAUGCAAAAGUGGACAGAGAAAUAUUUUUUACAGUUCCCAUAGAGUGCAGCUUUGAAUUUUGAUGAUUGUUUUUUGCUUUCCUAAGUAUAAUUUAUUAAUGUCACUUCUACCAUGAGAGAAUCCACUCUUAAUUGUUUCAUAAAGCUGGAAAUUUUAAUAAAAAAUGAUAUGCUUAGUAUGUUUGUGUGUACAUCCUGUGUCAAAAGUCUCAUACUAUGUAGAGUGGUCUAUAUUGUUAUAUAUGUAGAAAACAGGUUUUACAUCAUUUUUAUUAAACUAAGAUUUGUACAUAAUCCUGUAGUUAAUUUCUAACAGUAUUGGAAUGUUCUGAUUUGUUUUUAAGUUGCUCAGUAUUAAAAUAUUCUAAGAAAUGUCAUAAGAUAUGUUAGUUACAUAGGAAGCUUCAGGAACCACAUACAUUAUGUAAGAAAGCCAUAUACACUGAAAUGGGACAAGAGCCAGAACCCACUUUGUCUGGAUCUGCUGGUGGUCAAAGACUGAAGGGAGAUUUAAACCAGCUUCCAGGAGAGCUGCUAGCUUAUACAUAGCAGAGAGGCAGGCUGCUGAGGGUGAUGACUGGCACAACAGGCUGGAGGGAGGUGAAGACAAUACUUUUUUUGUUAUUUUGGGUUCAUAAGAUAUUCACUUAAAAUAUUAAUAAAGAUCAUUUAAUUUUA